AGACCGUUUCGUACGCACUUCCAUUGCCCGCGCGCAACACACGCACCGCUCGUGUGUGCAGGCCCACUACCACCACCACCACCACCACCAUCACCAUCACCACCACCACCGAUACCGCGGUAGUAGUAGUAGUAGUAGUGACGACGACCGCCGUCGCAUACAGUACUACAGUCUCAUCCGCACCGGCGCCGGUAGUGAACGUGGUGCGCGUGGCCGUUAUAUCCGCAAUAUCGUUUGAAUGUAAUUUCGUUGACAUUUUUAUAAAAUUUUUUUUUCGUCUUCCGAUUUCGAUCUGCACAUCGGUCUCGCGCGCGUUCCGUACGAUAAUUAAUCAAUUAUAAUAUACUGUCGUGCUACGAGUUUUUUUCGAUUUUCGACCGGACGCCCCAGACGAUAGUUAAAUAGACAAUCCGUCGUCGUCGAGUUUGAUAUUAUUUCGUUUUCCCGUGGAAGACGGCCCUGCGCGGGAAUUUUUCCCGGUUUUCUUCCGGAAGGAACUACGGUUAAAUAUAUAUUUUUUUUUUGGUACAUCUCAUCGUGAGUGCGUGCGCGUUGGCGACACGCCGAGUGACAGUCGAAAACGACCGGUGGGAUUACGCGGACUAAAAUCACAUUGCCGGGUGCCGCCAAAAUGGUGAACCCGAGCACGGAAUCUAUACUGAACCAGAUGACCAACCUGGCCAUGGACAUCGCCCUGGACUACGUGUUGCCCGCGUCGCCGAUGAGCGAUGUGUGCAAGAGCGACCUCUUCGAGUUCGAACGUGACGUAGUGGUCGCAGCCGCCAGUGACGGCGCGUCCGCUGGAGGCCUGCUUUGCAGCCUGGUGGCCGGCACCGCGGGGACUGCGGGCGGCUGCUGCGGCCGGCCGCCCACCGACCUGUGCAAGAAAAACAGUUACAUGGGCGCAGCGGGUUGUGACUCUUGCGACGCAUGUCUCGCCAGGAACGCCGCUGCCGCUGCGGCCGCCGACCUCUACUCGCCGAGUGGCUGUACAGCUACAAGCGGCGGUCCGUUGGCGUCUGCAUCCGCGACACCGCCAUCAUCCAGCGCCUCGUCGACGCCGUCGUCGGCCUCAUCCACACCCUCACAGCAGCAGACCGCCGAGACGACGAUGGACAUCAGUUGGUGCCAGUUCGACGGGUGCGAGUUCGAUACAGCCGACAACAGUUACCUGGACAUUUGCGAUUGGAUAUUCUACGCUGACCGGUAUGCGCUCACAGAUGAGAACCGCGAAAAGGUGCAGAAAGCGUUCCAGAUGGUGCCACCUGGCGAGGUGACAGGUUACGUGGCCGAACCGGCUACUAAACACGUCAAGAGGAACAACAACAACGCAGCGGACAUCCCCCUGGAUGUCGGCGACUCCCCGGCUGUGGCCGCGGUAGCUGCAGCCGCCGCGGCGGCAGCGAUCGUCGGCGGCGUGACCAUCAAGUCAGAACCGGACGACGACUACUUGUGGACCAGCGACAACCACUUGCUACCGAUCAUACUCAAGGCGGAACCCAACGCUGACAUACUACAGAUCACAGAACUGGACCACAGUUACCUACAGACGCCCAACCACCACAACAGCGGCGGCGGCUGCGGUUCAACCAGUUCGUCGGCGGCCGUGUCGCCUGCCAAACUUCACCCCAACCACUUAGUGGACAUGCUUGGACUCGUCACUCCACCCCCGUCCCGUUCACAGUCUUCCGAAGAAGAAGAGAUCGACGUGGUCAACGACAGCUGGGACACCCCAGACACACCUCGCAAGGGCGCCACCAUGGCGGAUAUAAUGAAACGCGGCAUCGUCAAGAAGCGCGAACCGCCCGUGACCAAGUGGAAGAGCACGGUCAAGCGGAAGCACAAGACUGCCGGUCAGUCGGCCACCGCGGCAGCCGUGGCCGCGGCUUACCCGAUGCCCCCGCCGCCUCCCAAGAAGUUGUGCGGUGGAUUGUCGCUGUUAGACCGCUAUAAGAAGGACAACACCAACUGGAAGGGCACCGUCAUCAAGGAAGAGCCCGUCAUCAAAGAAGAGCCUUUGGACGACUACGGUUCGUCGGCCGGCGAUGACCGCAGUGACGACGAAGAAUACGACAACCGACAGCGUCAGCGACGAAAACAGAGGCAACUACCAGUUCCUCCCGCGAUACCCAUCAAGCCUGAACCAUUGGACGAAGACGAAGACCGCGAAGUCGAUGACGACGAGGACGACGAUUACGACAUGGACGCGGACUUUGAGUCGCUGAUGAAAAACGAACCGGACGACAUGUUCGACGACGAUUACGACGAUUACGACGACGACCACGACAUGGACUGGGACAAAGUGUUGCGGGGCGCUUCUACGUCGAGUGGCGGCCGCAAGUCUUCCGGUGGAUCGUCGUCAUGCAGCUCGUCGUCCACGACCACGGGCGGCGGCCGCAAGAAGAAGAAGAAGAAGAAAAAGAAGACGACCGUUUCCGGGUCGUCCAAGUCGUCAUCGACCAAGCUACACCACCAUCACCAGUCCGGCGCCGGCAAGAAAAUCAAGUACGAGAACGUCGGCGGCGGCGCUUACAGCUACAAGACCAAGCUCAUGGACCCUGUCAAGAGGGCGCUGCACAACGACCUGGAGAAGUCUCGGCGCGUCGAGACCAGCAUGCUGUUCAUGAACCUCAGCAUGCAGGUGUCGUUCCUGGACGACAACCGCAAGAUACCGUCCAAGCUGAGCAUACUGCGCGGCGCCAAGCGGGAAUGCGACCUCAUGAUGCUCGACGAGCGGCGGCUGCUGUCCGAGAAGCACGUCAUGCAGCAGAAGCAGCGCAUGCUCCGCGACCGGCUGUUCGAGCUCCGGCGCGAGCACUACCACAGGCGGUACGGCAAGCCGAAACAAACAUCAUCAUCAUCAUCCAACCACCUAUCACACAACCAACAGCAACAGCAUCAGCAAUAGUCGUCGCGGUGAGAACGCAUCUUAUAUUUGUAAUAUUAACAUUAUUAUUCUCAUAACAUUAUCUUCUCACCACACGACACAAACACAAACAUACAAACAAAUGCAUACACAUACACACAUUCGCUCACUCACUCGCGCCACGCACUCGUUCGUCCUGCGCGUCCUUUUAUUUAAUUAUUAAUUAUUUUUAUAAUUUCGAAGAACGGUUGCUCAAAUAUAUUUUUAAACAUAUAUUAAUUUAUUAUUAUUAUUAUUAUCAUUAAUUAUUAUUACAAUAAUAAUUACUUUUAUUAUCGAUACGUAUUGUAUAUGUAUGUAGAGGUAGUUAGGUAGUUAGACGCGCGUGUGUGUGUGUGUGUGUGUGUGUGUUGUCGGUCUUACAAUAUUAUGCUUAUGUAUAAUAACAUAUAAUUAUAUAAUAUAUAUAGAUGUGUACACGCGCAUCAUACGAGUUAAUUAUUUAUGUACAUAUAGUUAGGAUAUAUUUAUAUUAUGACGAUGACGAUUCGCCCGAGACGAGUGCGCGCGCGAGUGGUGUUUGUUGUUAUUGAGGUUUUUCUAUUAAUUUUUUUUUUCCGAAAUUCACGGAAGUAGGUUUUUUUGAAUCAUGGAAAAAGAGCAUACAUAUUAUAUUGUUUUAUUUUUUUACAAUCGGCGAACGGCCGAACAUAAUGAUAUAAAUGUCGCGGGAGUGCGUCUUUUAUAUAAUUACAACUCGUGAGUGCGUCGUCGCGGUGGUACUGCGCGAGAACGAAUGGUUUAAAAAAGAAAUGGAAAUUGCGUCUGAAAUAACAUUUAAUAUUUCGUCGUAGUGUGUUCUACAAUUUUCUUUUUUGGAUUUGAGUUUUCCACCACCUCGGCGUCCUCUACUCCCCUCUCCCCUCCCACUGCUCCCGCGGCACUGCUGUGUGUAGUGUUGUUAGCAAAUAUUCUUGUAAAUACGAAUAAUCAACAUUUAAUUUACUAUAUAAAAUAUAUAAAUAUAUUAUUAUUAAUAAUCGUGUAACACUUAGGAUAUUUGGUUUUUUUUCAAACGUAUAGACCUACUGAAUACAUUUGAAAAUACUUUAUUAUUUAAAAUAUUGUGAAAUACACAAGUAAACAGCGCGUUUAAACGAGAUAUGUUCCUAUUGUACAGUUUUUUUUUUUUAAUAUAUAUAUAUUUAAAUAUUUAAUUGAAAACUUAGUUGUAUAAUAUUUUUAACGUUACCCGUAAACGUAGACGAUAAAAUAAAAUAUAAUUUUAAGUAUGAAUUAACUGUUAAGUCUACGAGGAUAUUAUAACAUAAUGCUUCCCCUCCCCCACGUUUUUUUAAUGCACAGUACAAAAUAGAUUAAGUAUGAUCUUAAAAUGUUAUAGAUGGUAGUAUUGAUAAUUAUUAUUUUUUCUGAUGUUGGUAUACUAUACUUGUUAGUUUUUUUUUUUGUUACGUUUUACCUGAUUUCGUUGCAUUUCCAAGUUGUGUUUGCGCAUUUUUCCUUUAUUAUUAUUAUUAUUAUUAUUAUUUUUAUUAUUAUUAUUAUUAUUUCAUUUUUUAAACAAUUCUUUUUUUUGUUCACUUGACGGCACCUAAUUUAAAUGCACUUGUAAAAAAAAUUAAAUAAAAUGUACGUAAAACAAUAUUAUUAUUAUUAUUAUUAUUAUUAUUAUUAUUACUAUGAUUAUUAUUAUUACAAUUAUUAUUAUAUUAUUAUAAAAGAAAGUAAUUUAUAAAAGCGCUUAUUUGUACAUACAGAUUUAAAUUAAACAAGGAAUCCCCGUAAUCAAAUACAAAAUGGUAAAAGCUUUCAUAUUUUUAGAUAUAAAUAUAAACAAUGUAUGUUUUAUGUAUACAUACAUUACGUAUUGAAAUAAUUGUUCAUGCGAUUAUUUAUAAAUAAUUAAUUAUACCAGUGGAAGUAACAGGAGUGUUCAUUAAUAUUAGGUUUUUGUUAAA